AUGUCCCAGAGGCAAAAGAAUAAGGCGGACAAAGCCGAGCGAGCAUCCUUUUUUCUCACCAGGACGGCUGCAAUAAUGCCGCGUGAAGGUGGCGGCGGCCUGCACCUUGAAGAGGGUCCGCCUCCAUCCCCCAUCUCCUCAGAGAUAGGAGCAGAUGACAGCCCCCUCACAACAGCAAACAUGAAACUGCUGAUGGCUGAACGCUCCGAGAACAUCCAGCGCAAUAUGUCUGCCCAGAUCCACACUCUGACGGCGGACUUACGCAAGGCGCUCCUCGAGGUAGGCCAACACACAGCACAGGUCGAAAGAAAGAUGGAUGAAUUUGCAGAGGCCCACAACAGCCUGGUGGAUAAACUUCAGGAAAUCAACGCUGUCCUACAUGAUCAUGCGCUGAAAAUGGCUGAUAUGGAAGACAGGUCGUGGCGCAACAACCAGUGGAUCCGCGGUAUCACGGAGACGGUCCUGAACCCGGCUCUCAACAGCUACCUGCUAGACCUUUAUAUCUCACUGCAUCUAUGCAGUACACACCAUUAAAGGACCACUCUAGGCACCCAGACCACUUCAGCUUAAUGAAGUGUUCUGGGUGCCAGGUCCUUCUAGGGUUAACCCAUUUUUUCAUAAUUAUAGCAGUUUCAGAGAAACUGCUAUAAUUAUGAAUUCAUAUAAUUAUGAAUGGGAAAAUCACAGUGAGAGCACGCCAGCGUCCAUAGGAAAGCAUUGUAAAUGCUUUGCUAUGAGCCGGCUGAAUGCGCGCGCAGCUCUUGACGCGCGUGCGCAUUCAGCCGGCGGGGCGUAUCGGAGGCGGAGAGGAGGAGGAGAGCUCUCCGCCCAGCUCUGGAAAAAGGUAAGUUUUUACCCCUUUCCCCCUUCCAGAGCCGGGCGGGAGGGGGUCCCUGAGGGUGGGGUCACCCUUCCUGGCACUAUAGUGCCAGGAAAACGAGUAUGUUUUCCUGGCACUAUAGUGGUCCUUUAAUAGCCAGACUAGCACUUUGUGCUCUCAAAAAGUCGACUUCCUUAGCGACACUGCAUGCUGUACGUGACACCAUGGACCUUAGCGUUGUCCCCCUCCACACAACAUUAGAGUAGUAACGUACAAUGUAAAAGGGCUGAAUACCCCGGGUAAGAGGAGGCUGUUGCUUAAAGAUCUUAUGAAGGAUAAGAUCGAUGAUGCAUGCAUUCAGGAAACCCACUUCAAAAUAGGGUACACCCCCAAGAUCUUGAAUAAACACUUUCCCACACAAUGCCAUGCGUUGUCAGAUAGUAACACCAAAGGCGGAUAAACUUCAGGAAAUCGACACCGUCCUACAUGAUCAUGCACUGAAAAUGGCUGAUAUGGAAGACAGGUCGAGGCACCAACCAGUGGAUCCGCAGUAUCCCGGAGACAGUCCUGAAUCCGGCACUCAACAGCUACCUGCUAGACCUUUAUAUCCCACUGCAUUUAUGCAGUACACACCAUUAAUGGCCAGACUAGCACUUCAUGCUCUCAAAAAGUCGACUUCCUUAGAGACACUACAUGCUGUAUGUGACACCAUGGACCUUAGCGUUGUCCCCCUCCACACAACAUUAGAGUAG